CCCCCUCCUCUCUUUUUUCCCACCAAAUAUCUUCUACUUGUGUGUUCACACAGAAGAACAAAAAUGGAUGGUUACACUGGUAUGAAGAGAAGUGCUUCUGAGUUGGCUCUACAAGAGUUUCUCACUAAGUGCUUGACUUCUUCUGUUGCUUUAUCCAGACAAGAAUCUGUUCUUGACACAAACCCUCUAGACCCUUCUUUUGAUCUCAUGAACCGGGAUUACACAUGUGAGUUAAGAGAUAGUCUUUUGAAGUCUGAGAGCUUGAUUCCAAGUGGAGUUUUUCUUGAUGCACAGUCCUCAAUCUGUGAGAAUCUGACAGCUGAUAGUCCAGUGUCAGCCAAUAAACCUGAGGCGAAAAGAGCGGUUCGCGGAACCGUGAGUGUAUAUACUGAUGAUCACUCUGAUGAAGAAGAUGCAGAGACAGAAGCUGGCCAAUCUGAUAUGACUAAUGAUCCCAAUGAUGUAAAACGUCUUAGAAGGAUGUAUUCAAACAGGAUAUCAGCAAGGCGUUCAAGGCAAAAGAAGCAAGAACAGUUGGCAGAUCUUGAAUCUCAAGUUGAUUCAUUGAAAGGAGUGAACUCAACACUAUACAAACAACUCAUAGAAGCAACACAACAGUUUCGUAGUGCUGGCACAAAUAACAGAGUUCUCAAAUCAGAUGUGGAAACCUUGAGAGUCAAGGUGAAACUAGCUGAAGAUUUGAUAGCUAGAGGCUCCUUCACUAGUAGCUUGAAUCAGCUUCUGCAAACUCAUCUAAGUCCACCACAACAUUCCAUCAAUGGUCUGCAAUACACAGGAAAUAAUAACUCACCAGCCAUUACAGUCCACAGUGACCAGUCUAUGUUCCCUGGAAUCAGCAUCUCUGGACAGAACUCGAGUCCUGGACUUGGUAAUGUAUCCAGCGAAGCUGUUAGCUGCGUCUCAGAUAUCUGGCAAUAAGUGUCUCUUUAUUCACUAUAUGUAAUGAUCACUCUGUCAAAUUUCAUGUAUGUGUUUCACUAUAGAACUAGGAACAUAUAAAUGAAAUUGAGGUGUUCGUUAGUUAAACUCCAGGCCCCUGUUAUAUACUCCAUCCGUAUCAUUAUAAUAUGAGUUGUUUUGGUUAAAAGAACGAG